CGCAUCAGUUAUCCUCGCUCUUUCUUUCUCUACACUCUUCCAUCACAAGGCUUUCUUUGUUCUGCAACCAUAUUUUCCAAACCCUAGUUCUUAGGAUGUAAUCAAUCACAGAAAUUUCUCAUUUACUCUAAUUUAUUUUCGAAAUCAGAGCUGUGAUUUCGUUUCUGAUAAUUUGAGGGAAAAAUGGAUUCGGACGAAGAGGAUUACGUGUUCUACGGAACGCCGAUAGAGCGUGAGGAAGAGUUUACUAGCCGUAAGAAGAAGGCCGUGGCUGAGGCCUCCGGUAACCUCCGAAGCCUCCCCGUCUGGAAGCAAGAGGUUACAGAUGAAGAAGGGCGAAGAAGAUUUCAUGGAGCAUUUACAGGAGGUUUUUCUUCUGGUUAUUACAAUACUGCGGGAUCAAAAGAGGGGUGGGCUCCACAAUCAUUUAUAUCAUCUCGAAAGAAUAGAGCUGAAGUCAAGCAGCAGAGCAUUUUGAACUUUCUGGAUGAAGAUGAGAAAUCUGAAUUUGAAGGUCAAUCACUGGGGACAUCUUUGCAGUUUGAUACGUUUGGAUUUACAGCUGCAGAACUCGCUCACAAACAAGCUGAGAAGGAACAACAACAAAGGCCAUCAGCUAUUCCUGGACCUGUUCCUGAUGAAAUAGUUCUUCCAGCCACAGAGUCUAUUGGUGUAAAAUUACUGCUGAAGAUGGGAUGGCGACAUGGUCAUGCAAUUAAGGAAUCCCGUGCAAAUUCACUAUAUGAUGCUCAUAGAGAAGCUCGUAAAGCUUUCUUGGCAUUCUCUUCUGAUGAUGCUAAAGCACAGCUUGCUGACUCUGAGCCUGUUCAGGGCGACCUUGAAAUUUUUACUGAGCAGCAUGCUAAUGAUGAUGUCCAGUCCUAUCAAAACACACCUGUUUAUGUGCUCAAUCCAAAGCAGGACUUGCAUGGUUUAGGUUUCGAUCCUUACAAGCAUGCUCCUGAGUUUAGGGAAAAGAAAAGAUCACGCACGUCUGGGAAGUGGGAGCCUGGAAAUAGAAAAGGCUACUCAUUGAAAGAUAAUCUUUUUGGUUUCAAUUCAGGAAAUGUUGCUCCUGGUUUUGGCAUUGGGGCACUUGAAGAACUUGAUGCUGAAGAUGAGGAUGUCUAUGCCUCUGGGUUUGACGUCGAGGAUACUUAUAUUCAAGAAGUUGAAGAGCCAUCAAGAUUGAUAACAGAUAGUAAACGAAAGUUGGUGGCGAAGGAACUUGGAGUUCUGCCUGGCUUUAGAGUUGCAUCAAAUUCUGACUACCAGUUAGAACGGUUUGAUGCUCCUGUAGUUCCAAAAGAUUUUGUACCCCAGCACAAAUUUCCGGGUCCUCUUGAGACAAACUACAAGCUUACUGGUGAUCCUCCACCAGAGGUCCCUCCUCCAGAGGAUAAUAAUCUGAAACUCUUAAUUGAAGGGGUUGCAACUUUAGUAGCUCGAUGCGGUAAAUUAUUUGAGGAUCUUUCUAGAGAGAAGAAUCAGUCGAAUCCGUUAUUUAGUUUUCUGACUGGGGGAAAUGGCCAUGAUCAUUAUACAAGGAAGCUGUGGGAGGAGCGACAAAAGUGUUCCAACCAAAGAAAGCAGCAAGUUGAUGGGAAGUUGUCUUCAAGUAUGCAGAAGAUGACGGCAGAGAGCCGUGGUAAAAUCUUAGGGGAAAAGCCUUUGGAAAGAAGCACUAAAGAUUCGAGUUCAUCUGUUGCUUCUUCAGAAGUCAUUCAUCUCCAAUUCAGUCUUUCAGAUACAUUUACUAAACCUGCAUCAUUCGGUGGGGUGCCUGAAGUUGCAAAGCCUUUCGAUGAUGAUCCUGCAAAGCAAGAAAGAUUUGAGCAGUUUCUCAAGGCAAAGUAUCAUGGAGGGCUACGCACAACAGAUUCUAGUGGAGCUAGUAAUAUGUCUGAAGCAGCACGUGCUCGUGAGAGAUUAGACUUUGAGGCUGCAGCUGAAGCAAUACAGAAAGGACAAUGGGGCAAAGACAGCAAGCUCUCUACACAGCAUUUUAUGGAGUUUUCAGCAACUGGAGGGAUGCAGUUCACUUCUGGUGGAGUAGAGCAAGUUAAAGAUACUGAAGCUGAAGAUCUGAUAACAAAGAAAAUGUUCCCAAAACGCGAAGAAUACCAAUGGCGUCCUUCACCUCUCUUAUGCAAGCGCUUUGAUCUCAUUGAUCCUUACAUGGGGAAGCCACCUCCAGCUCCAAGGAUGAGGAGCAAGAUGGAUAGUCUUAUUUUUACGUCAGAUUCUGCCAAAGCAACAAAAGUGGAAGAGACUGUCGCUGCAAAUAGAGACUCAUUCCCUACACCUCAGUCUGAUGCUCAAGGAAUAAGCCAAGACAUAGCUAAUAAGGAAGAAAUUGAAGCUGAGGUAGAAGUUGAAAAUGUUGAGAGGCCAGUUGACUUGUACAAGGCUAUUUUCUCUGAUGAUUCAGAUAAUGAAGGGGAAACCACCGGUCUCAACAAAGUUGAGGAUCCAGAAAAGAAAAUUGAAGCAGCUACUACAACAUUAAACCGUUUAAUUGCGGGUGACUUUUUGGAAUCCUUGGGCAAAGAACUAGGCCUAGCGGUUCCCUCUGAUCUGCCAUCUUCAACAAGUAAGGCCAGGGUCCCUGUAGGAGAUGCCAAUAUUCUUCCGGUUAAAAAUAAGCCAUGUUCCACCCCUAUUAGUGGGACUUGUGUAAAUGUUGAUGUUCCUCAUGACCUGGAGAUAGCUCAAGAUGGCAGGUCAAAGAAAAAUGAACCCAUUCAUGGUAACUCAGACAGAAGUUUUAGCAUACGUAUGGAGACUGGUUCAUCUGGGAAGAAAUUUGAUGAAGUUAAUCCAGAAAAGGUGGUCCAAGAGGAUAAGAAAGCAAAAACACACUCGAGCCGUCACCAAAAUCGAAAGAAGAGUUCAUCAUCAGAAGAUGAGAGGAAUAGAAAGUGGUCUAGGCGAGAUCGACACAGGAGUGAUUCAGAUGGUGAUUCAUCUAGUGACCAUCGAGAUAGAUAUCGUAGUAGAUCAAAAGGAAGAAAGAAAGGAUCCUCUCGAGAGAAAAGCAGUAGCAGCAAAAAACACUCAAAACAUGAUAAGCGGAGAAGCAGGGAUUCUCCGGCCAGAUCUCGAUAUGAGAGUGACAGAGAACAUGGAGAAGCCAAGAGAGAGAAGCGUAAAAAGAGGGAUUGAGAUUUACGAAUGCUUUUGAGGAAGAUGGCUAUGAGAUUCAAUUGAAUGGUUUGUUUACCUGUGAACAGAUUUACGUGGUUCCAGAGAUGAGUAAUACUGUACUCUUGUGCGUUGUGAUGCAUAGAUAUUAUAAUGAAUUUUAGCAUAGGUGGAAGGCGUCCUGUGUGUCUAUCAUUGCGAGUGAUUUCCUUAUACUCGCUCGUGUGCCCGCAGAGAGAUAUUCCUUUAAGAGCUAGUUAUAGGUUUAAGAUUCUGGAUUGGAGAUAUUUAUUUCUCUCUUCCAUAUAUAUAUAUAUGGAAAUACAAGAUUUUGCCU